AUGCCGCAAAUCCGAUUGGCAAACGCUCGCAUUGGGCAAAAUAUCAGGUUCAUGAGUAACACGCCUUCUCGUAUCAUCUACAUGGAUGAUGGAUUCUCGGUAACCCAUGCUGGUAUGACAUCACUCCUCGAUAGCCAUACCCAUCCGGCUCAUGGAGAAACGAGCAUUCUCAAGAUGAAAGCCACUAUCGAUGCGAUCCAGAAUCCCACUCGUCGUGCAUUGACGUCGCGAUUUGACUGGCGACCGUUUUUGAAGCGUGGUGGUGCUGAGAGAGAUUCGCUGAGAUUGGCGCUCGACCCAGGGUUAGUCGAGCGGACUGAGGAUGCUGUGCAUUGA